AGACAAGAGCGGCUUCAUAAAUGAAGCGACUAACCAUCAGCCGUCUCCCUCGCUCGCGAUAGAAGCGUAUGGAAUAUUUGUGGCAACACUUGUUUUGCGAAUUGCGCCCUGAUAAAAUUAACGAUUGUAGCGAUAAUUUUGUUUUGCUUCGAGUUUAAAACAAUAACGUUUGACGAUAAGGUAUACGAGUAACGAUACCCCUCUUACACCCAAUGUCUAAUGCAAAUGCGAGUCGGAUACCUAAUACAGCUCCUCGGUACCAAUUUAAUCAUCUCCCUGGAAGCAAUGUAACUUCUAUGGGACCACCAUCUGCGUUACCUAGAACUUCAAAACGCAGGCUCGCUACGUCUAGCUCAACGAAACCUGAAUCUUCUUCGAGUGGUAAAGCUAGACCGAGAGUCAUAGCCAGUGACUCUGCAAUAGACACCACACAGGAUAUGUGCACGCCUAGGAAUAGACCUAACGCUUUCAGAUAUAUCAGCAGUAGUAGCAGAGGUGGCCAUAGUGGUAACAGAUCUGCGCGAUCUACAAGUACUUCAGCAGUUGACGCGAGUGUGAUAUUAGCAAUUUCAGAAGGCAGGGGAAUGGCUAGAGGCGAGAUAGGCAUCGCCGCGGUAGAUCUUAAACACCCACAUUUGGUACUUUGCCAGUUUAGCGAUACGCUCCUUUAUACUCACACGUUGACGAAAAUCAACUACUUCAAUCCUGUGGAGAUCAUAGUCCCUCACACAUUCUGCGAAGGGGUUAAACCCAACCAACUGUACCAGUUGAUAAGGGACACGUAUCCCCUAGUCAACUUGACGACAGUCCAACGGAGGCAUUUCAACGAUGCCGCGGGAAGGCAACAUAUACAGACGCUGUGUGCGCCUCAAUACAGCGCCGUGUACCUGCAGGUUCACCAAAAAUUUUACGCUUUGACGGCAGCCGCAGCGGUCCUCAAAUACGUAGAAUACAUACAAUGCAUAGUGUUUGUAAGAGAAUCCUUGAAGAUAGAAUACCAUUCUUCUGAAAAUACUAUGAUUAUCGAUGUUGGAACAGCAACUCAAUUAGAGCUGGUCCAGCCUCUUGUUCCAUCAGCGGGAGCCACUUGUUGUCUACUUGGAGUCCUUGGACCCACUUACACCAUCGGUGGUAUACGAGCCUUGAGAGCAAGUAUACUCCAACCUUCGUGUAAGAAGGAGUUCAUAGAAAACAGGCUUGAUGCAGUUCAAGAUCUUAUUGAGAAUGAAGAUGGACUAUUGUCGGAUUUACAGGAUGUAAUCAAGAAACUAUCAGAUGUGGACAAAAUUCUUCUACUUUGUAUGGAGUCGCCAAACCAGAACAUGGACAAACUAGGAGAAGCGCAGUUGAACCAAAUGCUUCUGUUGAAGACGACUAUGGAUAUCGUGCCGCAACUGGUAGAGGCACUGGCCUCGGCGAACAGUGGGAGGCUUUUGAAGAUCAAAUUGGAUUUUGAAAAUCCAAACUAUAAAGAAAUAGCUGACAGAAUUCGAAGUAUUAUUCAAGAAGAUGCGCAUCUAGAGAAAGGAGCCAUGGGCAGUUUGCAGCGUUGCUUUGCAGUGAAGCCCGAAAUAAAUGGCCUGCUAGACGUAGCCAGAAGAACUUACUCUGAACUCAUAGACGAUAUUCAGAAAAUGGUUGAACAGCUAGCCGAGACAUACGAUUUGCCAUUACGCUUAAAUCAAAACGUCAUGAAAGGAUUCCAUAUAGUUCUCCCUCUUACUCCAAAAAAUAGGAGACAUUUUAGCGUUGGUGAUUUGCCAGAAAUAUUUAUACAGGUGCACAAUAGCGGUGCUAGUGUUACUAUGACGACAGAGGAAUUAGUUGUUCUGGAUCAACAAGCCAAAGAAUCCCUGAAGGAAAUACAAAGGAUGAGUAAUAUUGUUAUUUCCGGCCUCUUGAAAGAACUACGUCCAUAUAUGUCGAGUCUCUAUACGCUGUGUGAAAACGUGGCUGAACUUGAUAUUUUGCUGGCAUUUGCACAUGCAAGUACCAUCAGUUCGUACAUAAGACCGGAUUUCGCCGACUAUUUGGAUAUCAGAAACAGUGUACAUCCACUUUUAGAUUACAACAGUCAAGUUAUGCCGGUACCAAAUGAUAUUUACGCGAGUCCUGAGCAAAAUUUCACGAUUAUAACCGGUCCAAAUAUGGGAGGCAAAAGCAUAUACAUAAAACAAAUCGCUGUACUACAAGUUAUGGCACAGCUGGGCUGUUUUUUGCCCGCAACCAACGCUGUGAUAAGACUGUGCGAUCGCAUCUUUUCGAGAAUUGGUUUCAAUGAUAGUGUUGAACUGAAUGCGUCAACAUAUGUAUUUGAAAUGAAAGAAAUGCAACAUAUACUAAGAAGUCUAACGUCGUCUAGUUUGGUCAUUAUUGACGAGUUGUGCAGAGGAACCUGUACCGAAGAAGGCACUAGUAUGGCGUGGGCUAUUUGUGAAGAACUUAUUAUGAGUGACGCCUUUACAUUUUUCACAACACAUUUCAUAUAUUUGACGAGACUCAGAGAUUUAUAUUACAACGUUAUCAACCGUCAUACUGCAGUUGCCGAAGAGACCAUUACUGAUUCUGAAGAUGGUCAAAAGAGACUGAUAUAUCAGCAUAAAGUCGAACUAGGAGUAACUAGCAUAGACCGUUACGGUUUGGCUCUAGCUGCUAAAACAAAUUUGCCAGAAGAUACAGUUAAACUAGCUGUGGAACUUGCAGAAUUAAUAAACCAAACUAGACAACCCCAAGAAAUAAGGACUCCACAAAAAGGCGAUGAAGAAUUACUGUAUGAACUGAAUACAGAACUGCAAUUAAAAUUCAGAAGAAAUGAAUUGUCCAAUGAGCAAAACAAGCAGUAUUUACGAAAAUUCAAAACAAAUUAUCCGAAUAUCAUAGAAAGAUUUCGAAUUCAAAGCCGAAGCAAUAAUAAUGGGACCGAUAAUUCAACAGUUAUGAAUUCUAAACAAAUAGAAAUUUCUUCUGAAGAAAAUAUGUCCACAAACAAAAACAUUUUUGAGCAAAAAAAUUAUGAAAAUAUUACUCAAACGAAGAAAGCUCCUGCAAAUUAUCCAUCUUCUAAUGAUCAAGAAAAACCGAAUAUUGUCGAUGCCAACUAUAUGCUCGUCAGAUCGUCGGGAGAGUUACUCAAUACUGUGAUGCGAAUGGAAACAAACGCAAAAGAAGACGAAUAUUCACAGAAUGAAUUACCUAAUGUAAUAUUAUCUAAUCACGAAAGAACACAUAGUAGUUACGAUUCUCAAAAUAAGACAGAAAAAAGUGAUGAAAAGGAUAAUUUAAGCGAAGAUUAUAACAUGAUUAAUAAUUCAGAUAGUGGACACGAGACAAAAUCAGUACAAGAAAUAAAUGACGCAUAUUUUCAUAGUGACGACGAUUCAGAUAUAGCUGAAGCUGCUACUCAAAUAUUAGAAGAAUAUUCACUUUUGGAUGAUAGUAGGUCCGUAAGCAGCGACGUGUCACUAGAAGACCUGAUGAGAGAAACGGUAGAGGAAAUUAACGAGGAAAUAGCCAGUGGUGUGAAUAUUGACAACAUUGUACUUACACCUCCAACCGAUUUCCAAUAA